AUGUCGGUCGAUAUUGUGCCGGGGAUUACUUCACAUUACUCAAGAAGCAACGAGCAUUCGGUAGUUAAUAAUGAUAUUGACAUCGUGACAGGUUCACUAGCAUCUACUGUCUUAAAUUACCCUGCUUUUGUGGACGGUUUCGGAAAGAACGAACCAUCUAUGCAGCAUCAGAACCUUGACUUAAUGCAUAUUGCUAGGGAACUCAAUUCGGAAGAGCAGAUUUUUAAAGUCCUUUGGUCCGAACCAUCUGGAAGUUCAGCUGAAGAGGAAACAUUUUCGUCGCGUAGAAAGGAGCAUGGUGAGAUGGUAUCUGCAACGUUCCGGAGACGAAUUAUAACUUACAAACGAAGAGCGACAGACAAGCCAGGUGUACAUGCCGAAGAGCACAUCUUCAUCUACACGAUGGUGCCAAAAUUUCAAAUGAGAACAUUCGCCAAAUGA